AUGGCUUUGAAGACGUAUGCAGAUUGGGAAAAUGCUGUGAAAGCCGCCCGGGUCAACUAUGAUCACUCCCAGUCUAAGAUGGUCACUAAAACGAAAGCGGUCAGGAAGUCCAAGAAAAUGGCAUUCCUCUCUGUGUUUUCAAUGACAAGGGCUGCGGCUGUUUCAUCAGAACCAAAGAGCAACAAAAAGUCACCUACCAAGUCCCAGACGAAACAGCAUACGGUGAAAGAAUCUGAAAACAAAAGAUGUCUUGCAAAAGACAAAAAACGCACUAUACAGAUCAUAGUUGAGACCCCCUUAGAUUCAACAUUUUGUCUGCAGCUGCAUCCAUCAACCUCGAUUUCAUCUCUGAAGGGAUUGCUCCAAGAUCGGCUGGGAAUCGAUCCUGAAAAACAACAUCUUUUCACAAGAAAAGGAUUCGAGCUUUGUGACGCGCUCUCACUAGAGGACCACAACAUUCAGCAGGAUACAAACUUAGAGCUACGCCUUGUCUCUGGGUUGAUGGGCGGCACGAGGAAAGACAAAAAUAAAACACGGAGUACAAAGUCUGGUAAGGAACCAUCACAAGAUGACUCAAGUAAAGAGAAAGAGCCAACUCCCGGGAGACUAGACGAUACUGUGCUGGAAGGAGCUGCAGCUAAUAACCAGUCAUCGAAACCCCGUGACAGCACUCAGCAUACUACCGUACAUGAUGCUGCCUCGAUGGAACUACCGGUGCACAUGUCAGACUGGACCGAGUAUGAUGUGAAACGUUGGCUCAUAAGUCUCGGGGUAUCGGACGGGGUUGUUAAUCAACUAUUCGAUGAACAAAUAGAUGGAAGGGUUUUGAAGCUGUACACAGAAGAUCAUCUGACGAAAGAUUUCAGCAUAAACAAACGGGACAUGCGUCUCAUAAUGUACGAAAGAGAACACUUUCUACGUCAGCCUGAAUCAAGCCCAAUCACGAAGGACACGUCAUUCAGUGAUAAAAAAGAAGAAAGUGAGCCUCUUCAAGAUGAAACCCACGUCCAUCAGAUACAGACGUCCACAGUUGAACCUGAAAAGAAAACUGAUGAAGUCUUUAAUGAUAUCCCCCAAGCAUCAGUUCGACCGAAAAUACCAAAAUCCAAAGCAACAAUUUCUUCACAAAAGACAGAGAAGGCGGAGCUACCAGAUACUCUCCCACCUCAUCAGAGUCCUCGUCUAGACAUCCUUCCUCCAAGUGGAAAAGCAAAACCAUUCGAUGAGCGAGACGAACCAUUACAAAGACCCGUUUCUCGUGGCGAGAUGGCUCCAUUGCAGAAAACAUCCGAACAUGCACAAAGACACGACGAAAGCAAACCGGAUGUUGGAAAAGACGUAUGCCCAAAACCCAACGAUCAAACUCCGCCGUCUUCUCAUGGAGAUGACGAAUCGGAAAGGCAGGCUUUCGGCGAGAAAAAUAAAAAAUCUACAGCUACAUCUCCUAAGGGGGAAUCGUCCGAUACACCUCCGCAUAUGUCGGCAGUGGAAAUCAGUAAAGAUGACGAAGCUAAGGUUCGCAUGCUACUCACAGGGGAUGAACAUGGCGAACUGUCCCAGUCAUUCUAUCCCGUACUCGUUGCAAAUAAGCCGACCGUACUUAAUAAAUCUACCGAGUCUGAAAUCGACCCCUUUCGGCAACAAUUUGGAUUUAUAAAGGACAUCAAAUGGACAGCUGUCUUAGAUUUUGAUGCAACAUCUCUAUCAGAUGGACUGUGUAAGCUAUAUCAUGAAAAAAGAAUGGUUACCCUGCAGGAGCCGGACCUGUUCAAAGACAUCAAAUCAGAGGAAGACCUAAAAGAACUAAGAAAAAACAUCGGAUUUCCAGAAAAGACUAUUUGGCUAUUCGCUAAUGGUCGAGAAGAUAACCCAAGUAUCCGUACCCCUCACAUGGAUCUACAGGAAUGGAACAAGGAACGCAGUCGAGAUGUAGAAGCAUCCAUCAAUUUCUUUUCUCAGCCUUCGGUCAUACCAAAGGAUCGUGCUUCUAUAGUGUUUCUUCUACUAUCCGAUGAUGAUCUGGGAAUUGUCUGCGACAUUUUCAGAAAAAUGUUUUCAUCCUUCAAAGGCUUACACAACAUCACCUGCAUCGCUGAAAAUGAAAAUGUUUACUCACAGUUUGUAAAGGGCGUGGAAAAGUGGGUCACCAAACCUGAGUUGGACGAGAGGAGCGUGGUUGGACUGAAAUGGCAAGAAAUCAACGGCAUCAUUAUGCGAAUGAGUGGUGUGAACCAGGUCGAGGCAAACGAACUGCCUACACGCAUGGCAGGAAAAUGUUUCUUAUCCGAGAAACAGAAAGAGCAAUGGGAUGAUAUAACUGUUGUUUGCAAAAACGAGUGCGAAAAUACCGACAUGGACGAAUCCAGUCAGGACUACCAAAAAUUUGCGGAAAAAAAAGAAGUGAACUUUUAUCGCGGCGCGAAGGUUGACUGGUGGAAUUUUUCCAUAGGUGAAAGGGAAAUGAAUCUCCACAGAGGUUGUGGUCACGUGCUGAAGAGAAAAGGAUUUGGAGAAAUGUCGAGAAAAGUCCGUAAACCGCUUGAUAGUUCGAAGGCUAAAGAGAGCUUAAUUGUCACAGUGACACUCUUACACCAACCUGGUGCCGGGGGUACUACGUUAGCCCGUCAUGUCCUGUGGGAGCUUCGCCACGAUUUUCGCUGUAUCGUCGUGAACAGAGUUACAAAGAACACUGUAAAUCAGAUAAUGGGGGUAAGAAGGCACGGUUAUAACGAGGACUCUACUGAGUCUACUCAGAAAAUUCCUCCUGUGUGUGUACUUGUUGAUGACAUCGAUGAAGUUGAGCUGCUCGACUUGAUUGAUGAGUUAAAGGAUGUUUCAAGAGAUAUGCACCUUGAUGGUGGAGCAGUUUGUGUCCUCUUGCACUGUAAACGUUGUUCGGAGCCGGAAACAUUGGUGGACAGUGAACGUCGAGAACUCUUCAUUGCGUUGACUCAAAAGCUUGACUCCCGUGAAAAGGAAUGGUUUCAGAAAAAGUACAAUGAAUUAGAACACAAGGAAAAGGAACUAAAAACUGCCGAGUACAAUCCCGAACAUCUUCUCGCAUUCAUGGUGAUGAAGGAAGAAUUCAGUAAAGAGUAUAUCGCACACGUUGUUUCGAAGAUUCUGAGUGACAUCCAACCGAACGAAUUUGAGCUAAUUAAGCUGUGUGCGUUUUUGAAUUCCUACAGACCAGAGGCUGCCAUACCUAUAUCUUGCUGUGACUCGCUUAUGGAUAGGCGGUCAUUACCCCGCAGCAGACGGCUACUAUACUCGACACACCCCUCGACACGAAGGGUUGCUCCAUGGGAGACUUUAGUGUCCUCUUCUUUUCAGAUCAUUGUGGUCGCCGAAGACAAGGAAUUAAGGAUCUUUCAUGAAAGCAUAGCCAGAGAAGCUUUAACGCAGACCCUCCAGAUUGACAACCAGUCGCUUGUAGACGUCGCCAUGGAUUUUCUGAAGUCUGAACUGUUCCGUUCAUGGUCCCACUCCAAGGAAAGCCUCAAAAAAGCAACGCGCGAUCUUCUCGUUAUAAGGAAGAGGAAAAAACAUGGUGAUGACACCGAGACUAAAUAUGCGGUUCUCAUAGAGGACAUUCGCAACAAACAUGAACCCGAAAAGGCCAUCGAGAUACUGAAAAUUGGCUUUGAAACACUUGAAGAUGCCUUUGUAGCUCAGCAGCUUGCAAGACUUUAUCUGACAUUGCGCAACAUUGAAAUGGCACAUUUAUAUGCUGACAAAGCACUGCAGCUGGACCCCAAAAACUGUUACUUUUGGGAUACCAAAGGCCGAGUGUACAAAACAGCCACGCAAGAAAAGUCGUCCAAAUACAUGGAAGAACAGCAAGUCGUAUGCGAUGAGUUCCUUUCCAAUUCAUAUGGAGCCAUGGAUGCCUUCCACACAUCCUACGAGGUUUCCAAGGAGGCGAAGCAAACUGAGUACACCGGUUUAUAUGCAGAAGUCGAAGUCGCCUUUAGACUUCUUGAGGUCAUCGGCACGUGCGUAGAGCCCUUCAGAACAAAGGGUGGAAAAGCGGAUUUGAAGAAGUAUCUUCUGAACAUCAAACCUUCAGACCAUCCACAAAUAAGCGACCGCUGCCACGCCCGUAUUAUGAAUUUGAAAGACCGAGUAGACUCUGUAUUGAGUUUACUGGAUGACAUGUCAACCUUCUGCAAAGACGAUCCUACAGCGAGUACGGGACAGAAACUUGCUGAGAUGAAAGAGCACCUGAAAGAAUACUUUAAAAUAUAUGAAAGGUAUUACGGUGAACCGAAACCAGCACAGCCAAGCAAGUAUCAAGAUCCCACAAGCCUUGCCGAAUAUUGGCGCAGACAAGUCAAGGAAUCCAAAUGUGGCACCUUUCGUGAUAUCUUUGAUCUUGCUCGAAACAAGGAGUUACGUACACUCGACGAAUCUUUGCAACUUCUGUUGAAGAACUCGAACCAGUACAACUUUUUUGACUUGAAGACUAUCAUAUGCAUACACUUGGCUUUAUCCUCAGCUAAAGAGCAGUUGGUGUCAGCUGAUGAGGUUUAUCAGCAGUUUGUUCAGCCGCUGAAUGCUAUAGAUCAUCGUAAAACAGACUGCUUUCCACCUUUCUUCAUGAUGAUGUUUCUGUGGCCAGUACCAGAUGUUGACUCGGAGAGACUAGACGGAUAUGAUUUGUCGUAUUACAUUGACGCACUGAGAAAGAGGUGGCAGGAUCUCGCCGGGAAAAGAUUGGCACAAGAAAGAUGGUCCAGCCGACCCCAAAAUAAACCACGUACAUACUUCUUCUUGGGACAAGGCAAAGAUCUCCAAGUGUUUGCCCACAUCAACGAGCUCCACCCUACUCCGGGUAAAAUUGAUAGGGCAGAACGUGAUGAUGAGUUUUGGUCGUCUCGUCCUGUCAAAGAGCGGUUAGUCCGUUUGGAAGGAACAUUACAACAUCAUACAUUCCUAGUGCACCUCUCGAAGAAGGGCAAAAUCGAAAUCAAAUUGGCAGUUCCUUUUAAUCAGCAAGUACCAAGUCGAGAGGCCGUCACGUUCUACCUUGGAUUCACCUGGGAUGGGCCGGUUGCUUAUGAUGUUAAGAUCAAAGGAAAGGAAUCGCGUAAUGAUGCAGCACCACGCUUUCACCAUGCCUACCCGAGUUUGACUAUACCAUCUGAAAAAUCCAAGACCUCGUUGUCAAAAAAUCUGUCCAAGAUUGACCAGCUUCAGAAGGAUCGCCAGAAUCUGAAUAAAGAGCGAAUGGCUUUGCUAGCUUCUCCACAAGAGUAUGUAAAAGAGACAACCAGCAAGGGGGAUGUUUGGACACUCAGAACAAAGAAGAUUCAGGAAUGCGAACUUCAAUUGAAGGGAAAACAAGAUGAACUUCGGCGGCUUUUACAGGAAGACACGUCAUUGGAGGACGGGCCUUAGCCUAUCAAUGAUGUCGUCAUCAGCUGACUGAUUGGCUAGGAAAUUCCAUUUGAGGUUGUCAUUGGGAAAGCAUAGAACGUGUGAGAUAUAUACAGAUGUAUGUAUUAAUUUCCAAAGAGUCAAUUCUAACCACCGCUUUCUUCAUUGGGCUUACCUGCACGUGCAUUAGCAAACAAAAUGGUUACGAUUUUAUACAGGCGGUAUAUACAUGUUUAAGAUUAAUGGAGCAGAGUGAUUUUUUUCGGUGUUUCUUUUAAUGACAGCUCACGAUGCAACACCAGCUCGUUCAAAUCGAUUAUUUUCUAUUAAACGCUGAACAAUUUUUUUUUAAAUGAAGACACAGUUCACGGCAAACAGAAAAAAAAUGAAGCGUAGGGACCUUUUAAGGAAAGUAUGCCGUUUAUACGGUUGUAUCGAUCAACAAUAUCUUUGCUUCACGAAGUCCCUUCACUUUAAAAAAACAAUUAUUAGUAGGAAAAAGUGGCUAUACUUCCUCAAUUUGUUUCAUUCCCAUUGAAUGUUCCCUUCACUGACACAAUGUAUAUAAAGCGCAAAUGUUACUUUUCUGUGGCUUACGACACAAAAAUAAUCGAACUAGUUGUUAACAUAGGCCUAUAGUAGAGCAGGUAAUCAAAAAAUACCAAUGAUUGUUUUUCAAAUUAUUUUUAUUGCACUUAUGCGGAUUGCGAAUAUUACAUGUUUACCUUUCUGACUUUUAACCUAAUUAUAGGCCUAUUUAAUUGUUUGUCUUUAUUUUGCCAAGUUCGUGAUAUGCUUCAAUUUUCCAGUGAGAAUUUCAUCAUUAAAAAAAAACAAUAAUUAAAGUUUUCCGUGCAGUAUAAUAUAGUUCUGCGUAAAAUUCAAACUCGGUACUUUUUACACUAAUGAACAAGGAGAUGAAAUGUUAUCAUGUGAAAUGUUGAUUUUUCUUCUUUCUUAUGCAGGGGAAAGUUAGAAUUGUUGAAAUGUCCAUGUAAAGCAAAUGGUUCAGUUGAUGUCAUAAACUUUAAUCAUUUGUAUAUAUUUUCUUAACGUUAACUUUAGAUCAAUUCGUAUAUCCUUACUUGUACAAGCAUGCAGUUUUUAUGUGACACCUUAAUCGAAAGUGUAUUUACAAAAAACUGCAAGGACAUCCUUUGAUUUUACAAUUACAACUUUAUAAGGACUAUUUCUGUUUCGAUCUUUCGAUGAACUGUAAAAACACAUGCUUAUAUCAACUGCAUUAAUACAACUUAUUCUUGAAUUGAUAGAGGAAACGUUUUAUAUAUGAGAAUAUGGAUCAAGUGGAGCUGUAAUUACGAUUGUUUACAAGUAGAACACGUAAAAAAAUGUUUUCAAGUUAAGAUUUGUUUGUACUAAGGUGGAUUGUGAAUAUUUUUGCAUUUAUGCGUUUCUGACUUUGUAAAUAACUUGUCUUUGGGUUAAUGUCUUUAUUUUCCAAAAUGUAUGAUGAACUUAACAUUUACAGUGGACUUAACAUUUACAAUCAAGUGAAAACAUAACUGAAGUUUUUUGUAGUAUACAGGGCAAGUAAAACGAAAGUGACCAGGAUUACAAAAAAAAUUUCUUAAAAAGCAAUCAAAUUUGAUGCACCGAUGAAUCUGACUCCAAAGAGCAUUUUCUUCCACUCAUCUGAAAACCAAAAUAAUUACUGAAAGUGAUCCAUGCUAUCAGAAGUUAUGCAUGACUUCCAAAAAGAACCAAUUUUUAUAGUGUUGUUUGGAAGAUAUUGAGCUGAGUGAGAAUUACAGAUUACACACAGGCAUUCAAAUACAAAUGAGAUUUUAAUCAUUUGAGUCAAGACUGAAACAUUAUUUGACUGUCAGAUUUUGUGCUCUGAAUAUAAUGAACAAGUCCACUCGAUAUUUGUCUAUUUUCGUUCAUUCAUGAAGGUGAAAAAACGUCCAUGUUUCAUUGUAUUUUGAUUGGUAUUCAUCAGUUCGUAGAACGGUAAAUGAUCAGUGGUGAUCAGAGUAUGCAUAUUACGUGAAAAUUCCACAGUUACCUGUCAAUAACAUUUACUUCAUCCGUAAUUGUUUUUAUGAAAUGGAGCGAG